CCCAAGAUGGCGGCGCCCUUGCUGAAGUGCUGAAGAAGUGUCUCUGGAGAAAUACUUGGAAUUGUUUGUCAAUUUCACGGUAACUAGCUUACGAAAUUUGCCUCGUCGACACACGUUUGUGUCAGAAGACCACACGACAAGCGUCAUUGACAGCUCGAGCCUGAUUGUGGCAGAGUGUCCGUGUGAAGAUGGGCCUCGUCUCGAGCACCUUCCCAUAGCAAAGAGCAGCCGUGGGGAGAGAACCCGCAGAUUUCCCUGCAAACACAUACCGGUCGAACUUGGACCUGUCGGGUUCGACAUCGUUUACAAAUUGUGGACGCUACCGUACAAUUUUCUUUCAAGAAUUGUCUGUGCGACCGCGUCUAUAAUAGUCAGGAGACGGAGAGGUUUCCCACCCUGUAUCGAAGAGUAUUCUACCGCGCCAAGGGCCCUGAUGAAAAUGGACUCGGAACUGCUGCUCUCGCCGGCCAUAUUCCUGGCUGAGGAGGAAGAGGCGGACAUGAGCGACUGGAACCUGCCGCUGGCCUUCAUGAAGAAACGCCACUCAGAGAAGAUCGAGGGCUCCAAGGCCCUGGCCCAGAGCUGGAGGAUGAAGGACAGGAUGAAGACAGUGAGUGUGGCCCUGGUGUUGUGUCUCAACGUGGGUGUGGACCCUCCUGACGUGGUCAAGACGUCACCCUGCGCCAGACUGGAGUGCUGGAUCGACCCUCUGUCCAUGAGUCCACAGAAAGCCCUGGAGACCAUAGGGGCCAACCUGCAGAAGCAGUAUGAGAACUGGCAACCCAGGGCACGUUACAAGCAGAGUCUGGACCCCACAGUAGACGAGGUGAAGAAGCUGUGUACGUCCCUGAGACGCAACGCCAAGGAGGAGCGUGUUCUCUUCCACUACAAUGGACACGGGGUCCCCCGACCCACCGUCAACGGAGAGAUCUGGGUCUUCAACAAGAACUACACCCAGUACAUCCCUCUGUCUGUGUACGACCUCCAGACGUGGAUGGGCAGCCCCUCCAUCUUCGUCUACGACUGCUCCAACGCAGGCAUCAUCGUCAAGUCUUUCAAACAGUUCGCCCUGCAGAGAGAGCAGGAGCUGGAGGUGGCAGCCAUUAACCCCAACCACCCCCUGGCCCAGAUGCCUCUCCCCCCCUCCAUGAAGAACUGUAUCCAGCUGGCUGCCUGCGAGGCCUCAGAGCUACUGCCCAUGAACCCUGACCUCCCCGCUGACCUCUUCACCUCCUGCCUCACCACGCCCAUCAAGAUCGCCCUGCGCUGGUUUUGCAUGCAGAAAAGUGCCAAGCUGGUGCCAGGAGUGACCUUGGACCUCAUUGAGAAGAUACCUGGGAGAUUGAAUGACAGACGCACCCCUCUGGGAGAGCUCAACUGGAUCUUCACUGCUAUCACUGACACUAUCGCCUGGAACGUGCUGCCCAGAGAUCUGUUCCAGAAGCUCUUUCGUCAGGACCUGUUGGUGGCCAGUUUAUUCCGCAACUUCUUGUUGGCCGAGAGGAUAAUGAGGUCAUACAACUGCACCCCUGUCAGCAGUCCGCGCCUGCCCCCUACGUACAUGCACGCCAUGUGGCAGGCAUGGGACCUGGCUGUGGACAUCUGUCUCUCUCAGCUGCCCACCAUCAUUGAGGAGGGCACCGCCUUCAGGCACAGUCCGUUCUUUGCAGAGCAGCUGACAGCGUUCCAGGUGUGGCUGACCAUGGGAGUGGAGAACAGGAACCCCCCUGAACAGCUCCCCAUCGUGCUGCAGGUCCUCUUGAGUCAGGUUCACAGGCUAAGAGCGCUGGACCUGCUCGGCCGCUUCCUGGACCUGGGGCCCUGGGCCGUCAGUCUGGCCCUCUCAGUAGGCAUCUUCCCCUACGUGUUGAAGCUGCUACAGAGCUCUGCGCGGGAGCUCCGACCCCUGCUGGUCUUCAUCUGGGCUAAGAUCCUGGCUGUGGACAGCUCGUGUCAGGCAGACCUGGUGAAGGACAACGGGCACAAGUACUUCCUGUCUGUCCUGGCCGACCCCUACAUGCCUGCUGAGCACCGCACCAUGGCUGUCUUUAUCCUGGCUGUGAUUGUCAACAGCUACACCACAGGCCAGGAGGCCUGUCUGCAGGGGAACCUGAUAGCCAUCUGCCUGGAGCAGCUCUCUGACCCUCAUCCCCUGCUCCGUCAGUGGGUGGCCGUCUGCCUGGGACGCAUCUGGCAGAACUUUGACUCGGCCCGCUGGUGUGGUGUCAGGGACAGUGCCCACGAGAAGCUCUACAGCCUGCUGUCCGACCCCAUACCUGAGGUGCGCUGUGCGGCGGUGUUUGCCCUGGGGACGUUUGUAGGGAACUCAGCCGAGCGAACGGACCACUCUACGACCAUCGACCACAACGUGGCCAUGAUGCUGGCACAGCUCAUCAACGACGGCAGCCCUGUGGUCCGCAAGGAGCUGGUGGUGGCUCUGAGUCACCUGGUGGUUCAGUACGAGAGUAACUUCUGCACCGUGGCCCUGCAGUUCAUGGAGGAGGAGAAGAACUACGCUGUACCCUCAACUGCCAACACCUUAGAGCCCGGUAACCUGACUCCAGUGCGCGACAGCCCCGCCAUCCCUCGGCUGCGUUCAGUCAACUCCUACACCAACAUCCGAGCUGCCACCACCGCACGCAACCUCAACAAGAGCCUGCAGAACCUCAACCUCAACGAGGAGGGUGGUCCGGUGGCGUUCUCUCCAGGUAACUUGAGCACCAGCAGCAGUGCCAGCAGCACCCUGGGUAGCCCUGACAACGAUGAGUACAUCCUCUCCUUUGAGACCAUCGACAAGAUGAGACGAGUCUCCUCCUACUCCUCCCUCAACUCCCUCAUAGGCGUGUCGUUCAACAGCGUUUACACACAGAUCUGGAGGGUUCUCCUGCACCUGGCGGCCGACCCGUUCCCAGAGGUGUCCGACCUGGCCAUGAAGGUCCUCAACAGCAUCGCCUACAAGGCCCUGUCUCUGUCUCUGUCUCCCCAGGCCACUAUGAACGCUCGGCCCCAGAGGAUCCUGGACUCUGGCUCUCUCACCCAGUCGGCCCCCGCCAGCCCCACCAGCAAGGGGGCACACAUCCACCAGGCAGGUGGUUCUCCCCCCAUGCCCAGUGCCAGCAGCUCCAGUCUGACCAAUGAGGUGCCCAAACCCCCGACACGUGGUGGAGAACAGCCCCCCACGCGACCCCCCUACACCCCCACGCUGGGCGGACAGGCCCCCCACUCCCACCAGUUCCCCCGCACGCGCAAGAUGUUCGACAAGGGGCCCUCCGGCUCUGAACAGGCCGGGGAUGAUGCAGAUGACCCAGGAGGUCACAAGGCCUACAUGAAUGCCAACCUGUCUACAGGGCUGUGUGACUGGAGCGCCAAGUACUUUGCUCAGCCUGUUAUGAAGAUUCCAGAGGAGCAUGAUGUGGAGAGUCAGGUGAGGAAAGAGAGGGAGUGGAGGUUCCUGAGGAACGCCCGUGUUCGAAAACAGAGCCAACGCAUCACGCAGAGAGGCGUGACGCGUCUGGACGACCAGAUCUUCAUCAACCGUAACCCUGGCGUUCCCUCCGUGGUUAAGUUCCACCCCUUCAACCCCUGCAUCGCCGUGGCAGACAAAGACAGCAUCUGUUUCUGGGACUGGGAGAAGGCGGAGAGGUUGGACUAUUUCUACAACGGGAACCCUCGCUACACCCGCAUCACAGCUAUGGAGUACCUCAACGGACACGACUACUCCCUGCUGCUCACUGCUACAGACGACGGGGCGUUGCGUAUCUGGAAGAACUUUGCGGACCAGCGGAACCCCGAGAUGGUGACGGCGUGGCAGGGCCUGUCCGACAUGCUCCCCACCACCCGAGGUCAGCCCUCCUCCAGCGCCCACAGUCUGGCCAGGCGGGUCUCCAUCUAUCUUGACAGGAGUAAGGGACAGGGAGGUGCAGGCAUGGUGGUGGACUGGGAGCAGGAGACGGGGCUGCUGAUGACUUCUGGAGACGUGAGGGUCAUCAGGAUCUGGGACACGGAGAGGGAGAUGAAGGUCCAGGACAUACCAACGGGGGCAGACAGCUGUGUGACUAGCCUAUCAUGUGACUCACAGCGGUCCCUCAUCGCAGCGGGGCUGGGCGACGGCUCGGUCCGCCUCUAUGACAGGAGGAUGGGCGCCAACGAGUGUCGUGUGAUGACGUACCGGGAACACUCGUCCUGGGUGGUCAAGGCCCACCUGCAGAAGCAGACGGACGGCAAAGUCAUUAGUGUCAGUGUCGAUGGAGACGUGCGGUUCUUCGAGCUGCGGUCGCCGGACUCUGUGAACGUGCUGCAGACUGUGAAGGGGUUAACGGCGCUGGAUAUCCAUCCGCAGGCCAACCUGUUCGCCUGUGGAUCGAUGAACCAGUUCAUAGCCGUGUACAACUCCAACGGUGACGUGAUCAGCAACAUCAAGUAUUAUGACGGUUUCAUGGGCCAAAGGAUCGGGGCCAUCAGCUGUUUGGCCUUCCAUCCCUACUGGCCCCACCUGGCGGUGGGCAGCAACGACUACUACAUGUCCAUCUACUCAGCGGAGAAGAGGCUCAGAUAACCCCCCCACUCGAACUUUACCUUUGACCCCUGACCUCUCUCCCCUCGGAGCCAGGAUGUAAAUGACUUCUAAUGUACAUAUGCAAUUGUUACCAUCCCUGAAUGUCCUAUAGUGAUGGCUGCUGACAAGCUCAUGUUAUGAUGUUGACUUAUAUUAUUAUUCUUGAUCGUUUUAUUCAAAUUCUUUAUUAUGAAGCUAUUGAUUGUAGACUUGGCAGUGCUGAGGAGCGUGUAUAUUUAAUUGCGUGUAUACAGAGAUGAAUAAUAGGUAUAUUUUAAAGGUUCCAGCCUUGGCUGGGGGAGACGGGCGGUGUCGCUACCUGAAUGACCUCUACGUUUACCUUUCUAUGACCUCUAUGCAUCGGGGUCAAGAGGUUAUCGAGAGAUAGACAAUACCCUCUCUCACACACGACUCUGGGUCUGAAGGCCGUGGCUCACGGACACCCACACGACCCUUAUUGAAGCCCCUCCCCCCCGCUGUAGCCAGUAGACUUGCUCUCACUGUUCGCUCACAAGAUGGCGGACUACGGGGCGCUUCUGGUGUGUGAGAAAGUGAAAUGUAGAACAGAGCACAGAUGAGCCCAAAGUUGGCCCACUGCCUUAGACACAAACCGAUGCCCAUACAGAUGUCCACUACCAUGCUAUAUUGUAGGACUAACCAGACCUCCUUGCAUCCCUGUGCCCUCGCCCAAUUGUUCUAAACUCACCAACCUUUGCCAUUCAUCUCCAUUGUCCUAUGCCCAAAGGCUUAUCCUUAGUGCAAUGGGUGACUACUGCUCAGCUCUAAUCCCAAGACUGAUGCUACCUGUCUGCCCUACCUGCAAAGCAAUAAUGAAUUCGCUUGGAGCUCUCUACAGCCUCCAAGCUUCUGCUGCUCCAGACCCCCCCGUCCCCCCCACUCAUCGGCUGAACCAUACCCGCCUGAGAAGCCCCAGCACUGGGAGACAUGGAGCAGUUUGCUGGGGUCCUGAAGUAUCGAUUCCAGAGUCCUGACCGAGGCCCGCUUGGCCCAUGCCCAUCCCCAGUCUUUCCUGGACAAGAAGAAACACAGCGCCAACUGCAUCCCCGGGGGGUGGGGUUCUGCUGCUACUUUUCUGCAUCCUCGCACACAGGCUUAUGAGGACUGUAUGAACUGUGUAUGGACUGUCCCCAGAACCACACACACCAGCCCUAGGCAGCCCUUUCCCCUGUGUGCCAACCUUCCACCUGCUAUCCGCUACACAUUUUGGUGAAAAGUCUGGCAAUUUUCUUCUAUCUUUGUUUGUUUUUUUCUUUUAACCUUGAUUUUAUUUGCCAGGCGUGUUUGGUUUCUUUUAGCGGAAAGGGAGUUUCAAGAAGAUUGGGAUAGAGAAGUUGGGUCAAAAAACAGGAGUGACUUCAGACCUUUGUGUAAUACAGUGAACUGGUAAAUACACAGUAACGCUCCAUAGCACUUCUUCAGUUCAGUGUCUUUGUUGUCAAAAGCCACAGCUCUCCUGUCAACCUCCAACGCUAGCUCAGGUACCUCAUGAGCCACGAUAUACCACAUAAUACCGCGCCGUCUCUGCGUGGUAGACUCACAGAGGUCUGACGUUACUCUUGAUAUGACGAACUUAAAUGGUCAAAAUCAGUUCAGUGACUCCGGAGGUGCCUUUUUUUUUUUUUUUUUUUUUUUUUUUACAAGGGUUACCCCUCUGGUCAACACUCGCUCCAAGUGCGGUAUCGCCAUUAAUGUGCCUCUAUUAGGGGUCGCUUUUUGGGUUUGCUCUGUAUUACCUUCCUGUUUUCUUUGAUUUUUUUGUUGGGGUUUUUUCCCACUUUUGUAAUUUUAUAUUUGUUUAAUUUGCUGGUGUUUGUUUGCCUUGGACCUCAGUGGGAUGGUGAGAUGGGAGAGGGCUGUUUCUCCCCCUUUCACAGACGCUCUCGCCCCACACGGUGUCUCUCCUCGUACAGUACUCCCCCCUAGACUCUCCCCUCACCUUUUUGCCUCUAAAGUCCUCAGCUUGGCUAUCACCCUAGAAAGGAAUGGACAAUAAUGCUUUGCCUGUGGACUGAACCGGUCACGGUAACCGGUAACACAUGCCAUGCAUUCAGUAUAAGCGGCUGCGCACUCUGUCAUAACCAAGCCUCACUACGCUCAGUAGCUCCCCCUGUAGGGUACGGAAGAGGUACUGCAGCCUUCACUGCUAUCACUGACACCUUCAGCAAAAAACCCCACAUCGCUGUCUGUCAGCCAUGCUCAGAAUCACAUCUCUAGUUAUCCUGCUUUGAGUUUUAACAUUUUAGAUAUGGAAACAAAACUAAACUUUGAAGAUGUAGAAGGAGAAAUGAAAGCAAUCAGGUGUUUCUCUGUGACGGUAGACUGCUUUGCUGACUGGUUUAUAAGACGGGAGAUGAAGUCAGUCAAAUAAACCAAAUACACAACAACACUAGUUUUCCUGGUGAUUAUUUUAUUAGUUUUUUUUUUUGGUUUGUGUUUUCAUGUUUGUGUUAAUGUUCACGCUCUCGUUGUGAAGUUCUACAUGUAUUGGUGUAAAACAAAUGUGUCUGCUAUUGCGUCACAAUAUUAAUGUCGUCAUUACCAUAUCGGUUUAUCUGGAAUGUUUUCUUUUUAAAUAAAUCUAACACUUUUA